AUGAAUAUCCCAUCGAUUUUCAUUUUCAUCUUUUGUUGUCUGCAGUUGAUCUCUUUAUCUUCUUCACUCUAUUUUCACAUCGGUGAAACCGAACGCAAAUGCUUUAUCGAAGAAAUUCCCGAUGACACAUUAGUUAUCGGUAAAUACAAAGUGGAAUUAUUCGAUGAGAAGUCGAAUGCCUAUCUGCCAUCCACACCUGGUAUUGGUAUGCAUGUGGAAGUGAAAGAUCCAGAUGAUAAGAUUGUUCUUUCGAAAUUGUAUACAAGCGAAGGACGGUUUACCUUUACUUCACAUACUCCAGGUGAACAUGUGAUCUGUUUGUUCUCAAACUCAACUGCUUGGUUUGGAGGGCAAAAAUUGCGUGUUCAUUUGGAUAUUGAUGUCGGCGAACAUGCUGUUGAUUAUCAAAGUGUCAGCGCACAUGAAAAGUUAACUGAACUUCAACUGCGAGUUCGACAAUUACUAGAUCAAGUUGAACAAAUAACAAAAGAACAAAGCUAUCAACGUUAUCGAGAAGAACGUUUUCGUAAUACAAGUGAAUCAACGAAUCAACGCGUAUUGUGGUGGUCGGUUGCUCAAUUAUUCGUCCUAGUCAUCGCUGGAUUCUGGCAAAUGCGUCAUCUUAAAGGUUUUUUUGAAGCGAAGAAACUUGUUUGA